UGGCGCCGCUUGCUGUAUGCAUGAAGUCCAUAUUACUUAUUAUUAUUAUUCUAUCAAACGCAUCUUCCAUCGAUGGGAAUUCUUCAAGUUACAACUCCAGUGUCGAGUUUAACAUUGACGGGAAUUUUAAAGAAGAACUUCUCAAUUCAUCAACGACAGAGUACGAGCUUUCAGAAAUCACGUCAACCCCCGGGUACACGAUAACACAACCUCCAGGGACCGAUGUCCCUACUCCAGGGACCGAUGUCUCACCUCCAGGGACCGAUGUCUCACCUCCAGGGACCGAUGUCCCGUUAACAGUCCCUGAGCCGCUCCCGCUGUCCGGACGGCUUCCUACCGGGGUCCCCCAAGUUGGCAGGCUGUGUCCUUGUGACAAGCAGAGGGACGCAUGUGACCUGAACUGCUGCUGUGACCCGCAGUGCGGUGGGGAGGCGGCCCUCUUCACCCACUGCUCCAUCAGCACCGUCAGUGGCAAUCAGCAGCUAUGCCAGCACGACGUUGUGCACUAUUCUUUAGGGAAAACUGGAGAGGGCUUCUCCACACAGGAUACCUUCACCCAGAAGUAUGUUAAUGCUGACAUCUUCUGUAUUCACUCACAGAACAAUGUUGAGAGUCUGUCCUACUCGCUGCCUGCCGUUCCAACCGACACAAACUUUGAUUCCCUCUUCAAGGCGUUUGAGGACCUCCCCUCUAGCUCGGGGAGCGACCCCGUCUCCCCCGUCUCCCCCGUCUCCCCCGUCUCCCCCGUCUCCCCCGGUUACCAGUAUGGUGAUGUGAUAGACACUUUAGGAGAAAAUGGAGAGCGGGGAAUCCUGCAGUUUCCUGCUGCUGCUGUUAAUACAAAUUGCUUGGACACAAAUCCUGCUGCUUUCCUGAAGCAGCAGGUCAGCCGUUGCACCAUCAGCAUGGUGGUGGAUAGAGACUGCAGCAAGCUGCAGGCCCUCCACAUGAUCACCUACACAGGCCUACGCGUCCUCUCUGUGAGUCCUCACUCAGUCUGUCUUAUGUACACCUACACAGGCCUCCACAUCCUCUCUGUCAGACCUCACUCUGUCUAUCUUUACUGGGAAUUAGCAUUAUCUGAUGGGAGUGAAAAUUAUUCAGCACAUACAAUUCAUUUAAGGGAACUUGAGAAAAGAUUAAACAGUUGCCGUGUCCAUAUAUUACAUAUCCAUUUAGGGCAUUUAUCAGAAGCUUUUAUCCAAAGCAUCUUACAAAAAGUACAUUUGUCAAAAAAAGAGAAACAAUUUAUCGCUGUCGAUAUAGUAAGGAUGUUCAUAGGGAAGAAUGAAAAUGCUACAGUGGUUGCCGUGGUCCUGACGUCAGCCAAUCUCAAUUCUUUAGAGGAGACUCUGUCUCCUGUGGAGCUCGGCCCGGCAAUGAGCCUCGAGCCCACCCUGGUCAACUCCACCCUCUGUCUCAACGUGGUGCAGCAGGUUUCUCUGGUUGUGAAGUACAACCCUGCAGGAGAAAUAGUGAAUGUCUCCGCCGCUCUGGUGCUGGGGCCUGUGAGCGGAACCGCACUCUCACUGGAGCUGCAGUUUGGGAUUACAUUUGUCCAGGAAGAAGACGGCCAAGAAGGGACAGUCCAACGCAGUGGGAAUCCUGGUUAUGUGACUGGGCUCCCAGUAAUAUCUGGGACGAAAACAGCAAAAGGGCUCGUACAGAGCAGCGACCCCCGAGGAACCCUGUCCAUACUGCAGGGGGGCCGGGAGCAGGACUGUCUGCGUGGGCCCCAUGCCCGCUCCCCCGUGUUGUUUGCUCAGGCCAUGGUGUCCGGCUGCACGCUAAAGUUGGAGGAGGGAGCCAACUGCACACUGGUUUCUGACAUGCUCCUGGAAGUCCUGAGAGGCUCAGCCAAGAUGCAGUAUGUGGCUGCUUUUGGAACAAGCACUCUGGAUGGUUCACUGGACUGGGUUCCCCUGGAAACCGUGCUUAUGUCUGGGGAAGCUCAGAGUUGCAUCAUCCCACUGUCUCAUCACCUAGAAAUUCAAUGGACCAAAUAUGGAUCUCUCGAGAACGCUCAAGCCCGAAUUGUCAGCAUUAAAGAGUUCAUACACAACAACUCCAGCAACAUGGCCUUGCUCUUUGGAGGAAGCACUUCUGUCACGGUCACCAGCUCAGUGAGCUUUGUGUCCGUUUCCACCCCUUCAGAGCCAGGGUUCCAAGCUCCACCCACCAUCGACGCCAAGCUGCCUUUUGAAUUCUUCUUUCCUUUCACAUGAUGCAAGCAGUUUGGUUCGGCUAAGCAGCGUACGAGCAGUCUCAGUAGGAAAUCUGUUACAUUGUUGUUUCAGGACUUUAUUUCAUAUCGGUCAAAGAUAUCAGCUUAGCUAUAUUGAUUGACAGUGAAUAAAGUUCUAAAUGUUGAGAAUACAUCUAGAAAGGCAGAUGAAAUGAAUAACCACUGCAUAAGGUUUGAACUACUAGAAUUCAAAUUCUAUGCCAUUUUGUCUCAGAAGGGCACAGAGUCUGUUGUUCUCUUGCUCCUGGGGAUAAAUGGAGGAGGGUAGUCUUUAGUAUUGCACUGUUUGAAGGUUAAUGAGAUAGUUUAAUCUGUUCAAAAGGACCCACCAUCUUAUCACUGCGUUCCUGCAGCUCAGUAGAUCUUUGGACCAGAUGAUCGUAACUCUCCUUUAGUUUAUGAAGUCGAUGGUCAGCACGGGUCUUCAGGGAGACCAGGAUUCCUGGAAAAGAGCGUAACACGUUAGUGUGAGGCCUGCUGUACACAGACACACCGUGGAUAUGAUUUGGUCAUUUUUGGUUUUGUUUCUGAAUGAAAUGUAUAUAUUGUUUAAUGUUCGAUGCGGUCCAAAUCUUUUUUUAUCUGCGGGAAAAUAAAGCUGAGAGGAUCUUCUGGUAUCAUCUCUUUGUUUCCUCACCGUUUAUGAUCCUGGCCACCCGCCAAAGCCGCAGGAGAAUGAGGAAGCCCACCCCGUCUAAAACAUCCUCGCGAGCCACGA